AGCAGAAACCACCCCCCCGGCAGCAGCGAGAGCAAGAAAACCUCCUUCCCCUUCCUCCCGCACAACUCGCUGUCCCCUCCCUUCCCACUUCGCGAACGCUGAUUUCUGAGAUGAAAAUCUUCCUCUUCGGACAGCCAGGACUCGUAUGAAGGACACGCAAAUUUGGGAUCAUAAAUAAGGAGCGAGUCUGGCGAGCUCAGAAACCCAGCCCAAAAGGAGCAGCAUCAAGAAUCCACCCUUCUCCUGCACAACUCACUCCCCACCCAACACACACAGAAUACUAAUUUCCUGAGAUAAGAUCUUACCCCUCUAAACAACCGCACACGCGCAUGCACACACACACACAGAGUGUAUAUUAUUACUAAAUAUAAUAGGUUAAACCCAGCAGCACGGGAAAAAGCCUCUUCUGUAACUCACUCCCCCUUUUACACCCUCCUGAAUGCUGAGAUCCUGAGGUAGAUUUUUCCCUUACCCACAGCAAAGACUCUUUUUGAACAGGACACAAAAUAUAUAUUAGAUUAUAGAGAUGUAUUAAAUUAUUCCAGAUUUAAAUCUAUUUUUUGCUGCCAAGGGGUCGGGGGACCAGACGUCAUUGUAUUUUUUUUUUUCUUUCUUCCCUUUUAACUCAUUUAUGGGCGAGUCAAGGCUGCUUAGGAGGAAGAAAACAGGAUAGUUGGAAUCUCUUUAUCCUUAUUCGCCAGAAGCUUUUUCUCUCAUUGCUGUGCAUUUCCUUUAGAAAAAGGAAACCUCUUAUUUUGUGAACCAAAGAUUUAUUUUUCCCUUCCUCCUGGCCAAAGGAAGGAAGCGGACACAAAUUGACACAUUUAAAUAGUUGAAGAGAUCUAUCUUUUGCAAAAAAAAAAAACAUCUUUAUCCAAAUCUCAAAUAAAUAGCGUGGAGGGAGAAACUGGAAUAUCUAGCUAAAAGCAAGAUACUUAAUAAUCUCGCCUCGGAAGAGGACGAGGUAAACACUAAACAUCAACUUGUUCUUACAGGGAGGAUUCAAACCCUAAAUAUAAUAAAUGGGGGAUUACGGGUUUGGAGUGUUAGUGCAAAACAACACUGGAAAUAAGUCAGCUUUUCCAGUCAGAUUUCAUCCACAUCUGCAACCUCCACACCAUCAUCAAAAUGCAACCCCCAGCCCUGCUGCUUUUAUAAAUAAUAACACAGCUGCCAAUGGCAGUAGUGCUGGGUCAGCUUGGCUCUUUCCUGCUCCAGCUGCCCAUAAUAUUCAGGAUGAGAUUCUGGGGUCAGAAAAAUCUAAAACUCAGCAACAGGAAAAGCAAGAGUCCCUAGAAAAACAGCAGCUUUCCCCUGGUCAAAGUCAGGAAGCAGGCAUGCUCUCUGAACCCGAGAAAGCUAAAACUGAAGAAAAUCAGGGUGAUAAUUCUUCAGAGAAUGGCAAUGGAAAGGAGAAAAUAAGAAUAGAAUCGCCGGUGUUAACAGGAUUUGAUUAUCAAGAGGCUUCGGGGCUAGGUACUUCGACGCAGCCCUUGACAUCCACUGCGUCUUCUCUGACUGGUUUUAGUAACUGGUCUGCAGCUAUAGCUCCUUCUUCUUCUACAAUAAUCAAUGAAGAUGCAAGUUUUUUUCACCAGGGAGGGGUCCCUACUGCCUCGGCUAAUAAUGGUGCUCUGCUGUUUCAGAAUUUUCCACAUCACGUCAGCCCUGGUUUUGGUGGUAGCUUUUCCCCCCAAAUUGGACCCCUCUCUCAACACCACCCUCAUCACCCUCAUUUUCAGCAUCAUCACAAUCAGCAUCAGCAACAGAGGAGGUCUCCUGCAAGUCCUCAUCCACCUCCAUUCACACAUAGAAAUGCUGCUUUUAAUCAAUUGCCUCAUUUGGCUAAUAAUCUUAACAAGCCACCUUCUCCGUGGAGCAGCUACCAAAGUCCAUCGCCUACGCCAUCUUCAUGGAGCCCCGGUGGCGGUGGAUACGGUGGGUGGGGUGGGUCCCAAGGUCGAGACCACCGCCGGGGACUGAAUGGAGGGAUAACACCCUUGAACUCCAUCUCGCCCUUAAAGAAGAAUUUUGCAAGUAAUCACAUCCAGUUGCAGAAAUACGCUCGACCCAGCUCAGCCUUUGCUCCAAAGUCGUGGAUGGAAGACAGUUUGAACAGAGCUGACAACAUUUUUCCUUUUCAGGAUCGCACACGGACUUUUGACAUGCAUUCACUGGAGAACUCGCUAAUUGACAUAAUGAGAGCUGAAAAUGAUUCACUGAAAG